GGAAAUUAUAAUAUUUAUAAGCAAUCGAGUCCGGUUUAUUUAUGUCAUAUACAGAAAUGGAGGUUACCCGACUUCACGCAAGAAGGAUUUGUAAAUUAUUAAUACAACUCAGCUUAUUCUUUAUGUUCAUUCAAACAUCACAUGGCAUCAAUCUUGGUCUUAUCGCUGGUGACUUAAAGAGGUCUGGACCUGGGCCCUUAGUAGUUCGAAAAGUAUCACACCACUCGCCAGUCAUCAUUAAUGUUAAUCCCGGAUUACCAAAACUUCCUGGUAUAGCAACCUUACCAUAUCCUGUGCCAAAAUCACCGAAACUUCCUUGUUUAGCAUCUUUACCUCCAAAACCCUUCCCAAAGUUACCAGCAAAACCUCCGCCCAAACUUUUAAAGACCUCUAAAUUGAAAAGAUCUCCAUUAUUACCCACGCUUCCUCGACUGCGAUCUGUUUUUCCACCUCCACUUUUGCUACCUCAUUUGAUACCACCCCUGAUCCCCCGUUUGCCACUACUUCCUAUUAUACCACCUAUAAUGCCUGCGCCUACUUUAUUGCCAUUCCUGCCACCUCCGUUGCUCAGAGCUCCGAGGCUGCCGACAUUGCCACCAUUUCACCCGCUUAAAUUACCGAUUCUCAGGAAAUCUGCGCUGGAGAAAACAUUAGGUACCGUUAAACUGCCGCUCACAGAUAAAGCAAUAAGAAGAAAAAUUUCUAAAGACCUUCUAAAUCUAAAAAUUAAAGGUUCUUUGACUACCCCUGAAUAUUAUAGAUUUAGGAAACUAUUACUUAUUUAAGGAGGUUGUUUUGAAUG